AUGUGUAGCAGUCCAGAAGUCAAAGUCUGUGCUCAGAUUUCGUAAGUUCAGCUUUGCUUAGGGCACAUUAUAGAGCUCCCCCUCGCGGGGAAAAUCAGUGCUCCCUCUAAGCAAGACUGUCGUGUCGCACCAGAGGGAUGUCGCUCUCCACUGCGGUUGACAAGGUUUUAUGGGAGAUCGACCACUGGCCUCAGUCGCCAUCGUGGUUACAUGUCAACCUCGCCGCAGGACUUGUCCAUCGUGGGGAGAAGAGCAGAGUGGAGAGUAGAAAGCCGAGAGGAGGAAGAUAGGGGGAGGGGAGAAUGGUGGAGAAUAAGGACAAUAUAAAAGGGGAAAUAAAGGAUGCAGAGCAGUUUGGAGGAGAAGAAGGCAGAGGAGUAGAUUUACCGUGUGGGGCGAUACGCACACGGAUACCCUCACCUGGUUCAGCCCGCCGGUCGAGGUGGUAACCGGGGCAUGGCAGCUAGGCAAAGCUUAGUUUCGACAAGCCCUAUUUGAAGGUUGGGUGUUAGUUAAUUGACGCUAGGGAAAGUCAACACCUGCACGCAAGUGGACGACCUACUGCGAACUUCCCCUGUACCCAGAACUGGACAGCCCUACACCCAACCCCUUCUAAUCUGGACGAAAAAAGCUGCUUGGUUUUGUUGGUCAUUGUACCUUAAACAUCCAUAGAUUGUUUAAACUGUCAUGUAACCAUGAACCUGGGAUGGUCCGAGACGAGUGAGGUGCUAGAGCGCAGUGCAUGACCGCUGCUCAAUAAGGGGUCAAGUACGAAAGUGGUUGCUGGGUUAUCUCCUGAGGAAGUCAUCAAGUGCAACAUCUGCGACGGCCGAACGGUAUAAUUAACUUUGCUUACAGUAUGAGAUGUUAAGUAAACUUCACGAAUUUUUAUGCAUAACGUUCUGGUAGGAUUUUCCAACACAAUCAUUUCGGAAACCCAAUUUUAUCCUUCCCAUUUGUCUCUGUUGGCUCUGGUAAAGUUCACUUGCUAAUCACUGAUAAGUUACAUGAUAGAAGACGCUAACUUAUUCGUGGAAUUUAUGGUGAGAAUAACUGUUUCCUCCCAUCCAUGAGACUUCUUUUAAAAGACUGAAACUCUGGCGGUUACAGUAAGCAGAACCGAAGGUUCGUCGUAGUCGUUUUUGGGACUUGCGGACUAUAGCCAUUUACUUAUUUCUCAAAAGUUUAAACACUACGACUUUUAUUUGCAAGAAUUUUGAUCAAGUCGCUUUACAGAUUCAUCCGAAACUUUGGUUUUAACCUUGAUCAUACUCUGCUUAUAUCUCAUCCCGCAUAAUCCAAUCCGGUUGUAAUUUCAGGACAUACGCUUCGGAAUAUAGACGCGCGCAUCCCAAUUCGACUAUGUCUGAAGUGAAUACAGAUUUUAAAGCGGCAUGCGACUUCUUUAAAGGUUUUCGCCUUUUUGUUAACAUUUUCUUAAAGCCCAAGUCAAUAAGGCCUUUGUCCUAACUUAUGAGCAGAAAAUCCUGAUAUCGGCCCUUUUUAAUCAAGCCAAGCACGGACCAUUUGCACCAGACAAGGCCCCAGAUGUAGGGCUUUUUGACUUUGUUGGGAAGGAAAGACGGUAUGUUAUGUACCUCUGUUAUAACCCUUCCAGUUUUAGAUGUCCUUCCUUAGGUUGUCUUACCAUAUACCCCUUUUCUAUGACCUUAUAUCUUUAGCUACUCGUGACAUAGUUUGCCAGGGUGUAUCGCAGUAAUUUACUACUUCUCGCAGUCUCAAAUAAGACAUUUCUUGUGUUUGCGUUCUCAAAGAGAUCUUAGGACCAUGACAAGCGGAAUUUUGUCUAGCAAUUUCCAUCAGUAUUUCUGUAUCCACCGCUAUUUUUUCAGUAAUUCAUGACCUCUCCUGAUCUACUUCUUAGUUGGUAGUUAGUUGAAAUCUAGUGUGUUGCCUCGAAUUUUAAGGGAAAUCUAUCCUUGAAUUCAAGUCAUACCCCUGUUUAACUCUCGGAUUAUAUCGUUCACACUUUUACUGGGUCUGACAUUAGGCAUAAUUGCUAUUUAGAUUGACAGUUAUUUCCAGCUCGUUUCACUAAUAAAAAAAAACCAGUUGAUUUUGGUUGACUGUUCAGAAAUAAAACUAAACCACAAUAAUGUGAUGGUUGUAUCAUAAGGGCACCGAGGCUAAAAUUGCUCAUGUUACCCGUCUUCCUGAGAGUCGCUUCCAGGUAUAUAGACAUCCCGGCAUCAUCCUGCUGGUUGCCGAAUAAACCCAUACUUCCCGCUUAGAUGUGUCACGAACAAUUUUACUAGACCUAAUCCUAAACCUCCAAGAAAUCCUGCAAGCAUUUCCUCUGGGCACUUAGAACCGAUGUCACCGUGCCUCACUUACACGUAUGCAUCCAGUUGUUGGCAUCAGUUGUUACAGUACCGAUUUCAGCACUUGGUCCUCCUAAAAUGCAAAGCGAAGCUUUCUGUAUCGAGUCAGACGAUAGCCACCAUUGCUACGGACCACUGCAAUAUCAGAUUCGGGUGUGCAAGACGUCUUCAAGGCGGGGCGUCGGGAACUACCUUCGUGUAAAUAAUAAGGUUUUUUUGGCUGGUCUGCCCUGAGUCUAGGAUACUCCCAUGAGAUGACAAAAUUCCACACAAACUAGGAUGCGUGCCCGUCCGAGUAUGCUGGACUCUACUUUGAGAAAUAUGAAUGCUCUCAACGUUCGUGAUGAGGAUUAUUUUGACCAUUUGGUCUGUCAUGCUCGACUACGAUUCUCACAAUGUAUCGUUGAGGAAAUUUUGUCUCCAGAGGAAAGCAGCUCAAAUAAUCUUGCCCACUUUUCUAUUUUUGCGAAAAUCUAUCUAGUCACCUACUAUCUUUUUCCCUCGCUGACCCGAAAUAAAAUCAGCACAGUUUUUUGACGGCCGGCGUCGUUACGAAGUCUGAACCUCCGGAAACCAGUUUGAGAAGCUGAUGGCGCCGCAACUGCUCGUCGUUGAAGCGACCUCGACUCCGGACAUUUUAUUCGCAGGAGUGCGCAAUCCGCAUCGCAGACCAAAACAAACUUUAAGGUCAAAUUAUACCAUUACGCAAACGCGCCCCCGGAUCCUCUAUCUACAGAGAUCCCUAUAUAAUCUUGAAGAUAGACCGGUCAAAAUAUCCGUCUAUUUCAUCCACCAUCGAUUAUCAUUUGAUGACAUCGUCACCGCGUGGCGUUCUGUGCCGACGGAAUAAGAUCGUCAUCCGGUUUUCAAAUCCUUAUGGUUAUCCCUCUUCUCUGGCUGUGUAGUUCGAGCACGCCGUAGUCCCCAUGUAUGCGUGUGACUGGCUUGAUGUCUGCUAUGGUCUGCAGUGUAUGGACAAAACUAAAGUGUCAAAGGUCGUCUAGUCACAGAGAGCUGGCAGUUUGCCUGCCGAAAGCGUCGUGAACCAUCGUCUUCUUAGAGAACGUAUUGGUUAAUUUCGCCUGACUCGUAUUACGGUUGAGGAGACUUGAGUAACAUCCACUUUGUUCAGUUCUCUUACAUCCAUUAUGUUUUAGUCGCAAAGCAAUGUAGGGACGACUGGCGACGGGUGUGCGUUACUUAGAACUUCGUCCACUCAUACCACACACGCGCUGGCCAUUUACUUCGCAGGAAACAUGUACCAGUAUCCCGGAAUUCCCAUCGACACCACUUGCGACAUUGGUAACAUCAGAUAGGAUUCGUAGCCCGACCUUCAUUCUGCUUUAUGACUGAGCCAUCCAAUUAGUUGUCAGAUCUAAAGAUGCUAACCUUAGCAACUCCUGAUAGUUAAAGAGCGCUUCUGAUUUCUUCGAUCUCAAUCUCGUCGCUCCCCCGUCAUAUGCAGUGGUUACUCCAGAUUAUGGCAACUGAAGAUGAGCCGACGCAUCAUGAACUCUCCAUCAGGCGCUUACAAUCUAUUUGCACCUGGACCACAACCUCCUAGGAAGCAGAGAGCACUUUCAUCAGAAUAAUCCUGCAUGAAUAGGAGGCGGGGUCCUGCGUUCAAUCAUACUUUUACGAUUUUUUACGAAGAGACUCCUUCUACCGUAAAUGACUUCUUCUAAUUCCCUUAGCCUUCAAAGGCCUUCAUGAACAACGGUGGAUAACUCCCAUGUGGCAACUUAGUUGAUGGGCGCCGCCGUUUUCGGUCUUAAUUUAUCCUUUUACAUCGCCCUUCUUUGUUAUUUAGUUGUAGGUAGUGUGAUUCGCCUUGUCCAAAAUUUACAACUUCCUCUAAAUUCCGUGCGCAUCACCAACUUUAUGCUCGUUGAUACUUUUUCAGAGCAAAAUGGGCCUCACUGGGGAAUAUGUCGAAAGCCGAAGCGGAAGAUACCUUUGUACAGACACUUAUCACAAUCUGUCCACGCUUCGCCGCACACUUAGAAGCCGUUUCCGCCGUCCCCGUUUUUGGGUAAUUUUUCCGUUCUUGGAAUCUUUGUUUUUACCUCUAUGGUCCGAGAUUGCAAGGACGGCCAUUCAGUCUUAAAUGUUUUGUGUAGAGGGGGCGGGGUAGGUUUAUGCUGUUAAGCCUUUAUUUGGCUUUUGCCUACUCAAAUUUCCCCAUUGACUUUGUUGAUUCUGCACUGUUAGUUGUACUUCGUAUGUUGCCGGACAAAAAUUGCCAAGGAAGGCAGAAAUAACUCUGACACGUCUCCUCAGUCACUUUUCGGAGUCGCUAUGUUGCCCGUUUAGAAUCUGACGGCAUAGGAACCGGGUGAUAAUAAUUGAUUUAAGAUACAAUUGAUUUUAACCAUCAAGGAGAAAGUUUUAGGAUACUUAUCCUGUCUCUUUGCGGUUGAGGCAGUGUCUGUUUCAUUUCUUAUCUGGUUAAACCAAGGAACUGAAAACCUGUACUUGGAUGUCUAUUAGAGGCGCUUUAUUAAGUCAUGGGACUGACUAUGAUGGCUGGUCUGCUUAAACAUAGAACCAUCGCCGAUAACUUUUUUUCAGUUCCACAAGUGUUUGUUACUCAUGUUCGCCACCACCCAAACAGGCUCGUUCUGUAUAAUUUCAUUCGUCUUUGCUUUAGUGUUGGCAACGGCGACCCUCCCGAGUCAUCGCGUCUCCCACCCCCCACAGCCCAUAGCCCGCCUUCUCCGGCCUGCAGGUCUGUUCUUGUUCUGAGAUUCCUCCACCACGAUACGUGCACAUAGUUGUGUCGGUAGCGCUGGACUUGUAGCUGGAGAGAAAUUGGCAUAUCUUAAGCUGCGUUCAUCUUUGCCUAUCGUUUAGGAGUCCGAUAAAUAAACACGCUAUGGUCUGACUACAUUUCAAAUUGUGUCUGAUCACUCAUCUGGUAGCUGAGGUUCCUAUGAGUAGGUCACAAUCCAUGGAAAGUGUUGACGGCUAUACGAUAAGACACUACGUCUCGUCUAGUAUAACUUUGGGAUCUUUAACUGGGGUGUUGAAGAGGUGGAUUCGGGCGUUCGUAGUCGGGAUCUACCGCUGCCUGACAAACCCCAGCUUAACUAGUUUUUUGGAAAACUGGUGUCGUAUGGUCCGGGAAUUCUGACUCAGCUUGCUGAGGUUGCUGGGCUGUAGCAUUUUCACCCGACAACGGCAACACGAGCAACUGGCUCGGUCCAGUUAUUCCGUGAAGACACGCCAGAACUUUCAGUGUCGUGCCACUUUGCCUGCACUUCAUGCGGCCUCAUCGUCAACUGCCGGCUAGUUCGGCGAAGCCGUGAUUGUACCAACUACCGUGACAAAUACGUCACCAUCGCUCCCCCCCUCUGUCCUCUUGCCGGAGGUGUCUUUUGGUCGCAUCACCAAAGUUUGAGCCCAGGGCCUGAGUCACCAGUGGGGAGAAUGUGUUUCUUGAAGAAGGAGACACGAUCGCCGGAACAAGAGCUUUAUUAGCCUGGCGUUUCGGAUUCCUACUCGAAUCCAUCAUCAGAGACAAAAAAGCAGAAACGGGUGGUUGUUGCCCAAGGGGCUGCGGUAUUUAUAGGAUGCAGUAGCCAUGCUACCGCAUACCUAUGAACAUUCACGGCUCCCCCCUUCAUCCCAGAUCGUCGAAAUUCGUGUGAUCAUUGCUUGAUGGCCGACAUUCGAGUCGAUAAUUGCUACAAUCUCAUCACGUUCGUUGGAUGUUGGUGUGAUGAUUGCUCGACCGUCUGACGCACCGACCCCGGUGUUGGGAAAAGUGUUCACCUCUGCGCUCCCCGCAUGGCUUGUUACUCCGCCUAGGCGAAGUUUUAGCACGGAGUAUGGAGUCGGAAGAUCGUUGCACUUGUUGAUGGACUGGGGGCCAGUAAACCAUGAUUCCAGUAGCUCCCGGCUCACGCGGUUGUCACCUCUUGCGAGAAUUUCGGCCUCAUCGAAUUUGAAGGUCUGGUUGGAUCUCGUCGAAUGAGCCGCAACUUGAGAGCUGGCGUCAUUUCUGCGCACCGCUGCCGCGUGUUCGGCCAUUCUCGUUCGGAGCUGUCUUCCGGUUUCUCCGACGUACUUGCUUUGUCCGCAACUGCACCAGACCCGAUAAAAAACUCCAGACGUUUCUAGCCGUGGCAGUGGGUCUUUCGGCUUCAUCAACUGACGCCUGAUGGUUGCCUCCGGUCUGUGUGCCACUCCCACCCCAAGUGGUGCGAGGAGGCGGCCGACAGCUUCCGAAACCUUCUUGACAUUCGGAAGUGCCCGCCAAGAUUUGGUGUCCGUGCGGUUAGGCCUUUCGUCCAUUUUGCGUAUGCACCGGUUGAUAAAGUUGCGCGGAUAGCCAUUGGCUUUGAAGACCCGUCGGAGGUAUUGUAGUUCAGCAAUCUUGUCUUCCUGCCUCACUGCAGUGCGUUUCGACACGCCGAUAGAGCGUCCUUACACAACUGCGUUUGUGACUGAUUGGGUGGUUGCUGUUGAAGUUCAGUACUUGCAUCGUAUUUGUCGCUUUCCUGAACACUGGUCUUUAGUCCACCACAAUCCUUGCGGCAUACGAGGACAUCCAGGAAGGCCAGCAGGUUGUUCUCUUCCUCCUCCAUCGUAAAUUGUAUGUCCGGGAAGACCGCAUUCAGACGUUCCUUGAAUGUCAGCAGUUGAUCCCGAUCGAUAACGAAGAAGGUAUCAUCCACAUACCGGGCCCAGAACUUCGGUUUGUGGUGUUGGAAGACCAGCGACUCUAACCGUUGCAGGACCGCCUCGGCGAUGAAUCCCGAAAUCGGCGAACCCAUUGGUGUGCCCUUCACCUGUUCGUAGAUUGUCCCGUCGAACGUGAAGUACGUCCUGAGACUGAACUUCAGCAGCUGAAGGACUUGGGCGCGUCCAAGACGAUUCUCCGUUUCAUCGUAUUUGCUUUGUAGAAGCAGCUCGAUUGUCUCGAUCGCCAGGUCCUGGGGAAUAGAAGUAAAAAGGGAUGAAACAUCAAAAGAUACCAUGACCUCAUUUGGAUGGAGGCUUACCCCUUUCAGUUUCUCCAGGAAUUCUGCUGACGAAGAGACCGUGGUGUCUGACUCAGCGGUCAGGAACUUGAGACGCCGGAACAGCCACUUAGCCAGUCCGUACGUUGGAGUACCUUUGAGCGACACGAUGGGUCGGAGAGGAGCGCCGUCUUUGUGCACCUUAGGGAGGCCAUAGGAUCGGGCCAAAGCCGUAUCUUGCGGUCUCGCCAUGCGUCUGUCGGUCGGUGUUAUUGCACCUGAGUUCUCCAAUUCCAAAAACGUAGCAUUAAUUUCGCGUAUCAGCGCCGACUCGAAUGUCGGCCAUCAAGCAAUGAUCACACCAAGUUCGACGAUCCCGGAUGAAGGUGAGAGCCGUGAAUGUUCAUAGGUAUGCGGUAGCAUGGCUACUGCAUCCUAUAAAUACCGCAACCCCUUGUGCAACAACCAACCGUUUCUGCUUUUUUGUCUCUGAUGAUGGAAUCGAGUAGGAAUCCGAAACGUCAGGCUAAUAAAGCUCUUGUCCCGGCGAUCGUGCCUCCUUCUUCAAGACUACUUCCUGGGACUCGUCUCUUCGCUUCUAUUGGCAAUGUAUUUGGGCGCGAUGCGCUCCGAUCGGCCCGGCGAUGGGAAACCUUCGCCCUACAUAUUCGCAGAUCCGGUUUCUGCACAGGUGUGUUGCGUCGUGCAUUCACCGCCGGAUUCGUACUCUGUGGUUUCAUGCCUCGCGUUAUCAUUUGCUGCAAGGACUUUCGUCCCAUUUUUACUCCGGUAUGCCUUUUGACUCAUCAUCUAUUUCACCAGGCAACCAAACGCUACUUCAGAUCUCGGGUCUUCGUGGUGUGGAGUUGAGGUGCAGUGAGUGAAUGAUCUCAUGUAAUGUUAACCGAAAUUUCGAAUUGCGUCCUCUAUUAUGAAGAACGACUUAGAUGGGGUUGUAGUACUGAUUGUCAUGCGGCAUAAUCGUGUAGUGUUUUGGACUUGGUAGGGUGUCGGCUUUUGAAUGCACUUCUUUCUGACCUCAUCUGGAAACCAUACUUGGUAGAAAAUGACUACUUAAGUAGCGUGCAUUUUUCACAUUGACUUUCAAUGGUCAUAGAAAUUCAAAUACAUUCUAUGGGAAACAUGCACAAAAAUAUGCAUUCUUUUGCUCGUUUGGUAGAAAAUCACAUUGUAUUCAUAUGUUAUGCCUGAAGAAAGAGUAUAAUUAGGGUUUAAAAAGUUUAUAAUUAUGAGAUUUUUUAAGACCCUGCAAUGUACAUUCAUACAGCAUUGUAUCUGCCCGCUUACCAAUGCUGCUUAUGAAGCGUACAGAAUUGUCCACAUUCAUUGCAAAAUGUUAUGCGCUCUAUAUGGUAUUUUCUUAAAGGCACAGAAGAAUUUAUGAUUUUUCCUACUUGGAAAGCAUGCAUCUUGUAGACUGAAAUCCCUAAACGCUGAUGCAACGGCUGAUCAAGCUCAAGGUUAUUUGGGAAUUAGAAAACUUUUUAAAACCCUAAUUAUACUCCUUCUUCAGGUAUAAAAUAUGAAUACAAUGUGAUUUUCUACUAAACGAGCAAAAGAAUGCAUAUUUUUGUGCAUGUUUCCCAUAGAAUGUAUUUGAAUUUCUAUGACCAUUGAAAGUCAAUGUGAAAAUGCACGCUACUUAAGUAGUCAUUUUCUACCAAGUAUGGUUUCCAGAAGAGGUCAGAAAGAAGUGCAUUUAAAAGCCGACACCCUGCCAAGUCCGAAACAUUAUAGGAUUAUGCCGCAUGAUAAUCAAUACUACAAUCCCAUCUAAGUAAUCCUUCAUAAUAGAAGACGCAAUUCGAAAUUUCGAUCAACAUUUCAUGACAUCGGUUACUCACUGUAUGACUGGUUGACAAACACAAAUAAGCCAGCAACUCCCACGGCUACCUUUUUCGAUAGUUAUUGAUUGCCUGUCGCCAUGCGAUCACCUAGUAGGGCUGUCUUCCGGUGCACAAAAGCAACAGAGUCUUCCUGACCACGGCCGACAGGGCGCAGUCAACUAGUAUAGGGUUGGCCCACUUGCCAGGGGUUCCCGGGUUCAAACUUGGGCCCGGUCUGGCUGAUCAUGGCAAUUCAGCCAGAAACGGUUGCUCUUACCGUCGUACUUUUUGGCGGUAAAGCAUCCCCGUUCUCUCCUUUCGAGACCUUCUUUGUAUUGUUGGAGGACUGGUCACUAUCUGUUCCUUCGCAACCACUGACAAUCGUUAAUCAUAUGUCCUUUCAUAAAUACAGUAGGUGAGCUAACCCAUGAAAUGUCAAUCAAAAUGCAGCAUAAUUCUAUAAUAAUUAAGUUGCCACAAGAUGCCGACUUUUGAACGAACUUCUUUCCGGCUGCAUGCAACACUAUACUAUGUAAAAAUUGCCUACUUAAGUAGCAUGCGUUUUUCCUAUAAUUUUCGGUGCCUGCUUUCGAAUGAACUUCUUCCCAAAUACAUGCGAAAAUUGUACUCUGCAAAAAUGACUACUUAAGUAGCAUGCAUUUUUCUUAUUGAUUUUCGGUGUCCUUAAAAAUUCAAUUAUGUUUCAUGAAAAGAAUGCAUAGAAAUAUUCAUUCUUUUGCUUAUUCGGUAGAAAAUUACGUCCUCUUCCAAUUUUAUACUCGAAAGAAGGGUAUAAUUCGGUUCUCGGGAACUCUUCCAAGUCCCGAAUAAUUUUGAACCUCGUCCUGCCGUUACACUUGCAUUCAGGGCUUCCGAACUACAAACCGUAUAUUUUCCGCAUACGGAAAACCAUACAUUUCUCUAUGGCAUAAUGAGGAAACAUAUGGGGCUCAUAAAAUUUGGCAGUGAAUUUGGGUCAUAUUGUUAACUUUACAAGCCACACUGGUAAAUGCAGAUACAUGGCGUUUUAUGAACGGCCAUUUCACGGUAUUAAAUAGUCACAAUUAGGACUUUUUAAAACCAUAUUAUACCCUUCCUUCGAGUAUAAAAUUGGAAGAGGACGUAAUUUUCUACCGAAUAAGCAAAAGAAUGAAUAUUUCUAUGCAUUCUUUUCAUGAAACAUAAUUGAAUUUUUAAGGACACCGAAAAUCAAUAAGAAAAAUGCAUGCUACUUAAGUAGUCAUUUUUGCAGAGUACAAUUUUCGCAUGUAUUUGGGAAGAAGUUCAUUCGAAAGCAGGCAUCCUGAGGCAACUGAAUUAUUGUAGAAUUAUGCUUCAGGAUGAUUAUUAUUAAAACCCUACUUAAUUAAUCUUUUCGAAACGAAAAUGCAUUUCGGAAUUUUGGUUGGCAUUUCUUGAGUUAGCCCACCUACUGUAUGUGUAAGAAACCUAGCCACCCCCCCCCCCUUCCCCCACAACCGCGCCUAUCUCCGCCAGCAAGGACCUUUACUGUGCCGUUCGUCUUUUUGCCUUGGACAAGAAUGUGGUGAACUGGCUUUUCUCGGUGUUACCAGUCCGCUAUCUCAUGCACCAAUUCGAAAGCCCUUUUGAUUUUCUGAUCUUUUUGAUAACCUAGCCUCUUACUCAGUCAGAAACCCCUCCAUCUCUGCAUUCUGUACGGUCCAAUCUUUGUUCCGUUUUGACCUUACUUGUUUUUUUCACUAACUGCAGCGACUCUGAGACGAAACAGGCAAAAAACGGUUCCUUGACGCUUCCACUUUCCGCGUCGCAAGAGUAAGUCGGGUCUUGCCCUUUUAAAAUUUAAUUUCACCCUCUGUCAAUUUCGUGACAUUUUAGCGCACUGUUGCGCUUGGGGGUUUCCUCCUGAUUUCAAGCCAGUUCAUGGUGCAACAGCCCUUAUGUGUUUUGGCGGGUAAAUCAGUGAGGCUUCUGAAACACACACACGGAAAUGCCGGUGGGGCCAGAACUUUCCGCCCCAGCUAUUAUUAUUGUAUAAGCACAGCAAAAAACAAAAACAAAACGAAAUGAAUGAAACUUGCUCAUGUUGAUGAAGUCCGCUUUUACUCAAAGCUGCACCUGCCGGAAGGUCUUCGGCACGCUUAUCUCCACCUUACUGUGCGUUUAGGUCAUGUUCGGUAGCCAGUGCCAAUAUGAUUCAUUUUAUUCUCGCCCUUACUUGCUUACACCAAGUCAUUGUGUCACUUUUUGAAAUUCUACUGGGCAAAAUCAUGCUGAUCUUCCUGUUGUCCCACCUCCCCCAUCUUCAUAGUUUGAAAUCCCGCGAAGCAUUUAAUUUUCGUUAGAGGGUUAUGAAGUGUUGUGCUUUCAGUCACUAUUCUGCCAGCCUUAUCAACUUUGUCACCUUAGACUUGUAAAUUAAAUGCCUGUGUCAUACCUGAUUUAGCUGACCUUAUCAAUGUAGCCCUUAGUGACCCCAGGCGCAGCGUUUUUCGACUUGUGGUCGACUGUUGGAGUCAUGAGGACCGUCUCAUUCUUUUGAGCAAGCUUUUUGGUGUGUGUAGUUCACUACUGGGACCUAAGAGAAGCCGACGUGGACAGUACUAGCUGCGUCUGUCAGGCGAAUAAGGUGCUUGUUCCAGGAGUCAAGUCUUCUUCCUCCAAACGGUCUCCUGGAGAUCACCCUUUCCUUGGUAACCGCAAUGGUAGCUUGCCGGUAACAAGCCCGAGUCAAGCCGACUAGAAAUGAGAUUAAGCGUAGCCUUGAAGAAGGAGACACGAUCGCUGGGACAAGAGCUUUAUAUUAGCCUGACGUUUCGGAUUCCUGCUCGAACCCAUCAUCAGAGACAAAAAGCAGAUACGGGUGGCUCAUGCACAUGGGGCUGCAGCAUUUAUAGGAUGCAGUCGCCAUGCUACCGCAUACCUAUGAAUAUUCACGGCUCCCCCCUUCAUCCGGGAUCGUUGCACUUGGUGUGCUGACUGCUUGAUAGCCGACAUUAGCGUCGUUAAUGCUGCAAUCUCAUCACGUGCGUUGGAUGUUGGUGUGAUGAUUGCUCGACCAUCUGACCCACCGACCCUGGAGUUGGGAAGUGUUCACCUGUGCGCUCCCCGCGUGGCUAAUAACUCCGCCUAGACGAAGUCUCAGCACCGAGUAUGGAAGAGGAAGGUCAUUGCACUUGUUAAUGGACUGGGGGCCAGUAAACCAUAACUCAAGCAGCUCCCGGCUCACGGGGUUGUCACCUCCUGCGAGAAUUUCGGCCUCGUCGAAUUUAAAUGUGUGACCGAAUCCCGUCGAAUGAGCAGCAACUUGAGAGCUGGCGCCAUUUCUCCGCACCGCUGCAGCGUGCUCGGCCAUUCGCGUUCGGAGCUGUCUUUCGGGAGCUGCUUGCUAGGAUUCAUCUCUUCGCUUCUAUUGAUUAAGCGUAACGAUUGACCAGAUAUGAAGCCUCUGUAUCGACAGUUCGACCGUCGAUUCCGACGCUGUCCACCGUGUGCUACACAGCAAUGUGAAGCAGACACGGUGACUUGCGCGUGAUUUAGUGUAUAGUGAUAGUAGGCUUGCGCAGCAUCUACCGCACUCUCUCCUCCUCCCCCACCUGGGCCCCGUGCUAAGACAGGGUCAAGAAGACCGGAGGUAGGGAAGGGAUACCGGGAUCACUGAGGCACGUCAUCUUCGUCUGCGUCAUUUCGUACGCACUCGACCGCGGAGAAGAGGCCAUGGUCGCAGGCUGGUUCUCCUGGGAGAUAAGAUGCCAACCUUCGUCGUGGUUAUCGUUAAAUCGACUCUGCGUUGUCGGCCUCGGGACUUGAUUACAUCUGUGUCGUUGAUAUGGAGCCUUCUUCUUAGUUGCUUCCACUCGGCCUCAACAUCCCUCCGGGACUUAUUUCAAACUGGCAUCCACUUUCCUGGCGUGAUCGGGUCUCCCUCCAGUCGUGACGGGUAUCAGGGUGCUUAACUUUAUUGCUGCCUUCUUAGCUUUCUGCCUGCCGCGUGGUUGUUUUUUUGCGACCGACAGGACGCAUAACUCAGACCACACGCAUACACUUAGUGACCUAACUCAUGAAAUGUGUCGAAAUUUAUGAAUGAUUGCCAACCACUCGCAAACCAACACCAUUUCUUGAGUCCGAUUUCUAUGCUUAUUAAGUACAAGUUUAAAGGAAUUAAAAGCAUAAAAGAAAUAUUAAAGGCAGUGUUGCGUUGUUUAGAAAUUCCGAUUUAUUUUGAAAGGCGCAAUAUCCCGAAAGCGUCAGAAAUUGCUCUUAUUUAGUAAACUUCGUUUUUAAAUGUAUGGAAUGUAUUCUCAUACCAAAAACAGCAAAUAUGAAGGUAGACAUAAAAUAACGUCUAAUAACAGUGUUUUAGUGAAGUUUGCAUCUACAUAUCGUUUAAUAAGUAGUGUGAUUUCAUAUAUGACGGUUUGUCAACUGUCCACAUUUUGAGUGUAGAUUCCGAAACAGUUUUCCAGUGUUUCGUUUUUGAUUUUAUUUCUUUGAUGCAAAUGAGAUGGGGUUCACUAAGAGAAGCUGAAUUUUGCUUGAUUUCACCGACGGGGACGUCGUAGGAACAAAAGUUUUCAUAAGGUGACGUGCUAUGAAGCCGGUCGGUGCCUAAUAAAUUUAAAUGCAACUGACAGGCAUGAUCGUUAACAUACCAUUUUGUGUUUAUAGAGAGAACUUUUUUCCGUUAAAUUAAUUUACACAUCUCGUUCGUUUUGGAUUACGUUGAGUUUCAGAUGGGCCUCGAAAUAUUGCUGAAUACUUCAUGAUUUUCAGUGUUUUCACCCGAUCCUCUAUAAAGACAAAUUCUGAAUCACUGGCCUGUUAAGAACUUUAAAAUAAAAUUAUUCUUGAAGGCAUUUACCGAAUUAGUAAGUGUUCGGACGCUCCUAUUCACGAAGAUGGUCGUUUGUGUCACAUGUGAAGACUCAUUCAAACAUCAAACUUUAUUUUCGAGAAAAAUGCCUGUCCACAACGAAAGUCAGCAACGAAUAUGUCUUCGAUAAAUAAGAAAACCUUCCUUAAUAAGUUACCUCUUGAAGAAGUGCUUUAUUACUGCACUCCGUUGACGGAUCUCUGUGUACUUUGCAUUUUUGCACGGCGAGGCGGUUUCUUUCACGUUCCUAAGAAAUACUAAUAUUUUUCUACCGUAAACGCAAGAACAUGCCUUUCUCUAUACAUUGAGGCCACUUCCACUGUCUUUGCUCGCUUUUAGACGCCGUUCUUCGAUUAUGAAUGCACGGCAGAGGACCCGUAUAAAUACUGAUAUUUUGACGAAACUAAAAAUGUUUUGCUCGUUGUAUUUCUCAAAAAAGUAUGCACAGAAGCUAAACCACACGGAGAAUAGUGCUUUAUAUGUUUAAAGCUGGAAAUGACCAUUCCGUGGUGGUUAUCUCUGUGACAUCAGGUAGAAUUUUCCAAACGGCAAAACAAUGUCAGCCCACUUAAACGAAGGAACCCCUAUCUGCGUUAUUACUGCACUUUUGAGCACCAAAUCCCACAGAUCUGCUAAUUUGACACUGAGAGAUUGAUAAAACCUCUAGUUUUUUUAAAAUAACCUUUGUCUUAGCAGAUUGAUCACCAUGGUUGACAUCGGACAUAAAAUAAAUUUUCAAGUUCGGCUAAAUCUGUUUACUAAAACUCUCGGGGGUAAAUUACUAUCCUUUCAAUGAAAAAGUCGCUCAAAUGCGUAACCGGAGUCUAGGACAUGUAUUAGCAUAGGAAAUUGCACGAAUAUAUUCCAACGUCCAUUUUCGUUAAAAUUUACUGAUAUUUUACUUGAUAUAAUUACGUAAACACAAGUUCUGCACAAGAAAACGACAUUUUAUCGAAAAAAAAAUGGAUAAGCGAACAAAAUGCUCAACAUUAAAGGCGUCCACAAAUUUUCUUAUCAGUUUCCGUUAUCAGAUUUCAUGAGAUAGGUCACGCACUGUAAGUACCUUCAUGCCCGCUCUGGCGUGACAAGGCAACGUGCAAGACUAAUAAAUUUUCUCAUCGACUAGAAUGCGUCGUAAAUGCCAGCUGUGAACUGCUUGCUGCUGAAGUCUACCACAUGCUGCGUGAGGUAACGAGAUGACGAUUUUUCAGUGAACACAUGUUGACCUUACUCAGGCCAAAUUGUCGGUACAUUCUGAGUUGGCAGUUUCAACGCGAAUGGGUCCGUGUUUUUGACGCUGUAUAAACACUGGAAGAUCCAGGCACGCUUCAAAAGCGAAAAUAUCUGCAAAAGUAGAUAGGUAAAGCAAUGCAUAAGUCAAGAGACCUUUCUGUGGGCGCAAGCGGCCCUCUAAACACUGCGGCGGGCUCCUUUUUAGCGCUAUCAAGUGACCGAACGUUUUGCGCCUACUAUCUGACGCCUUUUAGAGGAUCUUCGACUGCCUUGCAUCAUGAUUUUGCUGUCUCAACGUGUGUACAGUGUGGGCUGUGGCGGCACGCCGUGCCAGCGAUCAGCGCCCGAUCCCGUCUCUUCUCCUCUCAAGUCUGUCUUUUGACAACAGGCUCUGGUUCAUGGGGCGAGAGUGCGCUAGAUUCGGCGCUGGUCUACUAUCACCAUAAACUAAUUCGCGCGGAUGAGGCGACCGACGGGAUAACUCGGACCUUGCAGUGUAUGUUUCUGACUGGCUGGCGGACUGAGAGUCAGGCUGUGUAAUGGCUCCUCUAUGUGACCACUAUGACGCCCUCACGAAUGUGUGGUCCAAACUGUCCACUGCCUUUGUGUAGAAUCCUUGUGUCGUGUUCGGGGAGCUGGUCGCACGUGUGGCGCGCGUAGUCAAGCUCCCUACUUCUGUCAACCCGCUUUACCAAAUCCCCGCAUCAGAAAACUUACCGGCGCGGACAGUGGAUUGGUGUAUGGGAGAGGGAAACGAGAAGGAGGUCGACUCUCAGCGCAUAUUACCCACUAUGGACAAUCUGGUGCGCUUGAACCUAUUGCGGUUCUCUCAGAGCCGUGGUUUAAAAGACUGUCAACUGAUGGGGUUACUCCGUCUUCCUCUCUGUGUGGUGAGUCGCUGCAAUGGCUCUUAAUGUGGCCUUAAUUGCGCUUCCAUCCAGUUGGAAUCUAAGCCACUCCCUUGUUAUGUGAAAUCCUGGUCAGAUGUACGUGGUGGACCAGAGAGUUCGAUGUCACACCUGGGCGCAAGUUUACGCCGUACCAGUCACCUGUGCCUUCUCCCGUUUUCGGUUUUCUUAACUCUGUCGCGACACCGGGCCCAGGUGGUGGCGAAGGAUGAAAUGCGGUAGAUACGACACAAGUCUGCUAUCACUUUAAACUCACGCAAGUUGCCCUACCUGCACCCCCACCCCGCUGUGGGGCGCGUGGUGGACGUUGUCGGAAACGACAACUGAUUUGUCCGUAAUGUGUGCCGAAAUUCGGGAUGAUGCGUCUACUUUGUUUCGUUUGAUGCAAACACUGUUGCAGUCUGUGCAUAGUAGUCCAUAUAUCCACUUUCAUUGUUAGUCAUAUCCAGUGGGACACUUGGUGCCUCCGCCUUUGCUGAGUAUGACGUUAGGGGUACCAAAGUCGACUCUCACACCAACCGAGUUAUGAAAUCCGUAUUUCUUGUCUACUGUUACGUACAAGGGAUAUAGGCGUACUUGUACUUGUUACGGCUGCGAUCAUGCCUGUUCUAGUCGACCUCGAUGAUGUCCCGAACUGUACCCCCCUCCACGCGCUACGAUCCGCGGCAACAGAUCUGGCCAGUUCAAUACGUUCUCUUCGCUAACGACGGAGACCGAAUACCGAAGGUCCAAGAACCACCUCCAUGUCUUGGCGAACUGUGUCGAACCAGGUUUUGAGUUGAGGCUAUGGGUGUGGAUGCGACCUUUCCUCUGAUUCAGAAUGACUGCUGUGAUAACCAUUUGUGGGUUACUAGCCAUCAUCAUGAGCCAAGCAAACCUCACCCUCGGGUUUGGAUAACCUGGGGCUCGUAACAGGACGUUUCACCACGGGAUCAUUGUCCUGUCCACUGGUUAAUCUGGUUAGAUUCCCCGUACCACCUCUGUGAACCGUUUUGCCACGGCAGCUAUCAUCAGCUCGUGCUGGAUUUCAUGCACAACCGCGCAAUUGUUGUUAAGUGGUGACUUCGUAAUACGCCAAAUAUCGGUUGCUUUGUAGUGCCCAGUUGUUUUCAGUAGACCAUUAGAAGGUUCUGACUUCUAGACGCUUUAGGAAUACGGGCUCCGCUCUACUCGACUUGUAUUCAGUAGUGGGUUGCACUUUAAGGUUAUGUUUACUACAACCUGGGAAACAGUCAUCCUGUUGGGUCUUCGGCCUGAAAAAGGAAAUUCCAUCAACGUUAUGGAGUUUCCAGUGCCUCUUGCCUGAUUGUCAGCCAAUCUUUUGGAUCAGCCGGUUCGAUUUGGUGGAACCCGUCGGUCCUCGGACGAGGUUCUCCACAUUGCUGUCUCUCCCUGCUCCGCUCUAAGUUUAUAUCGGCACCACUUGACCUAGAGGAAAGGUCUGGAUCCCUUGAAUAGACCGCCAACUUAACAUCAAUUGCUGGCAGCAUAGCCUGCGUUCGCAGAACCUGCGCCGUACCUGGUUACGAUGCUGCAAAAUUUGAAUCACACAAUGUCACUUCUGACAGCAGCUGGUGUAGGCACAGUUAGUGGAUGACACGACUCAUUAAUUACGCGAGAAUUUACGAAGAACCUAUUGAUUGCGUAAGCCUGGUGGUCAUUUGGUGGAUUCUAGAUGGAUAACUUAGGAAAUCUUGGUUGAGCGACCAGCUUACUGCAUCAGAUUUGGUGGAUCCCAGAGGUUGAAGUAGGUUGGGCGAGUAACUGGACCCAAAUGUGAUUAAAAACUCGCGUCCCCCAAUGGGGUCUCGUACCUCAGGUUGCUAGAACGUUGGCUGUGCUAACACUUCCCCAUGCUGUCGUGGAUUCGAAUUCAACCAAGGUUGCCGAUUUUCUCACAGUUGGGUCAAAAUGAAUUUACGAAAGAUCUCUGAUGAGUCUGAAACUGAUCUAAAUACAUCAACCGAAAAUAUCAUUUAAUGAUUAACAGCUUUCACUUAAAAAAAACGCAAAGGAUGUAUUGAAUACAACCCUGCCUUGGUUAAAAAUAACAUUUUUCUAAAGAGAAGCAUAAGUUUCCAAAGCGCAAAAAGUCGUGUCGAACGUGCAAGCCUACAGUGAGUGACCGAUCUCAUGGAAUGUUGGCUGAAAUUCUGAAAUGCGUUUUCGAUUAGGAAGGAUUACUUAGGCGUGGUCGUAAUACUGAUUAUCUGGCGGCAUAAUACUAUAAUAUUUCGGACUCGACAGGAUGUCAGCUUCUGAAUACACAACUUUUCAAUCUUUUGUAGAAACCGCACCUGGUAAAAAUGACUACUUAACUAGCAUGCAUUCUUCUCAUCGAUGUUCGAUGGUCUCGCAAAUACAAAUAUAUUUUAUAGAAAUCGCGAACAAAAAUAUGCUUUAUUUCAGUCCGUUUAUAGGGAAUCACGUCAUCUUUAUAUUUUAUACUCGAAGAAGAACUAUAGUUAGGUUUUAAAAAACUUUUCUUAUGGCAGAAUAAUUUGGAGCCUGAUCAUUCGUUACAUCAGCGCUUAGUGAUUUCAGUCUGCAAAAUGCAUGCGUUCGGCGGAAAAAAAUUACAUGUUCUUCUAUGCAUUUAAAAGGAAAUCGUACAGAGUCCGUAAAAUUUUGCAACGGAUGGGGACCAUGUUGUACACUUCGUAAGGCACUGCGGUAAACGGGCAGGUACGAUGAUAUGUGAAUGGGCAUUGCGCGAUCUUAAAAAGUCUCAUAAUUAGGAACUUUUUAAAAACUUAAUUUUACUCCUUCUUCGAGUAUAAAAUACAAAAAAGACGAAAUUAUCUGUCAAAGGACUGAAAAAAGCUUGUUUUUGUUUAUAUUUGAAUUUGUAUUUGUUUAUAUAUUUGAAUUCGCAAGACCAUCGAAAAACAAUGAGAAAAAUGCAUGCUAUUUAAGUAGUCAUCCUUUUUACCGAGUACGGCUUCUACAGGAGAUUGAAAAGCAGUGCAUUCAAAAGCUGACAUUCUACCGAGUUCGAAAUAUUAUAUGAGUAUGCCGCAAGAUCAUUAGUAUUACAACCGCGCCCAAGUAAUCCUUCCUAAUCGAAAACGAAUUUCAGAAUUUCAGCCAACAUUUCAUGAGAUCGGUCACUCACUGUACUUUAUCGAAGUCCAGUACCUGACCUAUCUUAAGAAAUGUUAAUCGAAAUACUGAAAUGUGGUUUCGACUAGGAGGAAUUACUUAGGGAAGGUUGUAAGGCUUAUUAUCUUACAGCAUAAUGCCAAGACAUUUCAGUCACGCCGGGGCUUUGGGUUUUUAAUGAGCUUCCUUCCGACUGCCAGCAAAAACUACACUUAUGUAACGCGAAUCUUUGACAUCGAUUUUCGAUGUUCUUAUACAUCCAACUGUAUUUUAUAGAAAACGUGCAUAAAUUUGUUAUUUCCUGUACGCGUUUGGCAGAAAAUAACGUCUUCUGCAAAUGUCAUGCUUGUAGGGAAGGGUAUCUUUCGGUUUUGGAAAGAAUUUUUUUCAAUUCCCAAAUAAUUUUAAACGCGAUCGGCAUUUACGCUUGCGCCUAGAGUUUACAAGUUACAUGCUGUAUACUCUCCGUGUAACGGAAAUGAUACAUUUCUCUACCCUGUUAAAGACAACUCACAUAUUUUUGCAGUGAAUGCCGACCACGUUGUAUACUUCAUAAGCAGCAUCAAUAAGGGGACAGAUAUUAUGCUUAGCGAAUGGGCAUUUCAUGACAUCGAAAAAUCCCACAAUUACAAGCCUUUUCUGAAGCGAAAGAUACCCAUCGUUCAAGCAUGACAUUUAAAAGGAAACCAACUUUGACACCAAAUUAGUAUAUGAAAAAAUACUUAUGCACACGCCUUCUUUCAAAUAUGUUUAAAUUUAUACGGGUAUCAAAAACAAUAUGAGAAAUUCAUGCCACUUCUUUGACAGUCAUUUUUUCUCAAGUGUGGUUUUUGCAGACCGUGGGAAAGAAGCUCAUUCAAAAGUCAGCAUCCUGGCGUGACUAAAAUAGCUUUGGAUUUUACUGUACGAUGACAGUGCUACCGUCGUGAACGACGAUGUCCACAUGGUGUACGAUAGUAAAUAUUACAACCCCACCUUUCUAGUCGAAUGCGCUUUUCACAAUUUUGACCAACAUCUCAUGAGGUAGGUCAGCUAUUUAUGCAAGCAAUUGAGUUAAUAAAACUGCGUAAACAAAGUGACGUUUGAGAAGCGUCUUUGACUAAUCCUCAGGUUGAAUAUCCCCCAACAACUUGACAGUUCGACCGUCGGUUUCGAUGAUGUCCACCGUGUGCCCCACAGUUGCAGCAGCAGUGGGAGCAGGGACGGUGACUUACGCAGGGGUUUAUACUGCCAGUAGACUUGCGUAGCACCUACCUACACUCUCUCAUCCUCCCUCGCCCGAGCCCGGUGUCAAGACAGAGUCCAGAAGACCGGAGACGAGGGAGGUCGCAGGUGGAUGGCUCGGACGGAUCCUCACCUUGGCGUUCCACCACACCCCCUGGUCCACACAACAAUAACCAGGAUUUUAACCAACAACAGAGAUUUGGAGGCUGGCACGACCGAAGCCGCACCUAGGCGUGCCGCCAACGCCUGGCUCGGAUCCCACACUGCGAUGGGAGUGCCAUAAAGGCCACAUUAAAAAGGAGCCAUUGCAGCCUGGCUCUCAGACCGCCUCCGGUCAAGGAGGAGGUCCAAGUUACCCCGUCAGUUGGCAACCUUCCAAGCCACGGCUUUUAGCGCACCGUGAUAGCUUCAAGCGCGUCAGAUUGUUUAUAGUGAGGAGAAAGUGCGCUGAGUCGUCGACCUCACUCUCCCUUCCAACUCCCACACCUCAGCCGCUGUCCGAGCCGGUCAGCAGACUGGAGUGGGGAGUGGGCGCGGUGGCUGUCAUGGUCGACUGACCAUGACUGCGCGCGCCACGGCACGACCUGGCCCCCCGUACACACAACACCAGGAUUUCACACAACGGGGGUUGAACGGCGUGUCUCUCACUUGCGUGAGAGAGCCGUGGAAGGUGCAGCUUCAGCCCGUCCCCAGCCCACCAGUCCGCCACUCCAUACAACACACAACAACUUAAUGUGUUACAAAACGGCCUAAGGAGGAUUGGGUGUAAAUUUCCUGUUUUUGUAUUCCUCGAAAUGUGACUGGCUACGGCGAAGAGGGUUUGACUUUCCUUCACUGAUGUGGACGUCAUUUCACAAGGUCGAGAUGCCGGCCAGUGUCUAGAAAAUUGGAAUAUAACUGGCAGAUGCAAGCAUAAGCAUGCUAUCCCCUGUGCAUCAUGAAAUUACUUCUCUCCCAAAAUUACUGUGUGCUUUCUGGCGACGGUGGGGUCGGCUGAGUUUCGGGAAGUUUUUAAAAUGUCGGUGAAUGGUUUGGGGUUUCCAGUGUUCUACGCUGAAAGGCUUUCACAUAAUUAAUAAGUUCUCGGACUUCCGCCUUGUGAAGAUCACGCUUUACGCGCCAUAUUUUCUGAUUUACCCAAGCACAAAUUCUAAUCAGUGAGAGAGGAAGAGUUUCACAACAAAAAAACUUAGGAUUUAUACGUUUUUAGUUAAAUUAAUAGCAACCUGCGUCGAGGCCUGCCCCCACACCCCCCACAUGGCGCCAUUUUUUCUGUGUGCGCAGCCCGAAUAACGUGUGCCGUUCCCUUAUCUAGUUUCCAUGUUGACCCAGCGCAUCUAUACCGUUGCCCGUUGUAGGGGUACCUUAUAAACACGAAGCGGAUGUCUUAGCGAGGAGAACUGCCACGGAGCCACUUGAAGGAGGAACAAGCUGUUCAAUCUGUUGGCAACCUGGAUGUGGAGUAAUAUAUCACACACACACAAGUAGAAAUUUCGGGCACAGGUAGUGCUUAUAAGGAAACAAAGAUGUUAAAUCCAGCUCACGAAUCGUGCGCGUACUUGGGUCUUUCGUCUAUGCCCCCCAAGCGGCCCACGUGGCAGAUGCGCUGGACCAACACGGGGGGAGCCAUAUUGGACUCUGGCAGGCGUUGUCGGAUUUGCGCACCAUAACAAAUGCCAACACAUUUCGGGGUGCGAUGGCAGACCCGGCUGCCGGCAGACGUCGCGCUCACUGGGACCCCUGCCGCCCCCCCCCCAUCGUUUUUGUAGGCCAAAAGCCUGGUCCUUUCUUGUGUGGAUCAGGGGGUGUGAAGUGGAACGCCAAGGUGCAAGCUCGACCGUGUUAUCCACCUGCGUCCCCCCUCGCCUACGGUCUUCUUGACUCCGUUCGACAUGGGGGCCCAGGUGGGGAGUGGGAACGAGAGAGUGCGGUAGAUGCUGCGCAAGUCUCCCAUCACUAUCAACUAGUUCACGCGCAAGUGGCUGUGCCUGCUCUCUUCUUACCGCAUAGCAUAUGGCGGAUACCGUCGGAAUCAACGGUCGGACUGUCGUGUCACUAGCUGGCGGAGUUUCGGUGAAAGUAAAAAACUUAGAUUACGGGGAGGAGGAGAGAGUGUGAUAGAUUUUAUGCAAGUCUACUAUAACUUUAAACUAAAUCACGCACAAGUCACCGUCCCUGCUCCGCCCUGCUGUGGAGCACACAGUGGACAUCGUCGAGACCGACGGUCGAACCAUCAUCAGGUCGUUCGUCGGAAGGAGCCUUCUGAUUGGUUACUGUCUACCAAAAGUGCUUCUAGAACUUCGUGUGUCUACGAAUGUGCCAACCAUGUCUGUGCACUGUUUAAGGACAUACAAAACUGAAAGGAAUGCCAUAUUAAGGAAUUAAUUCUAACGCUGCAAGAGAUUAAGAGAUAAAUGUCUUUGGGGCCCAUGCCUCGGCGAAGGCUAGAAACUUUGCAAAUACCACAUUAAAACAAGGAUAAAAUAGUUUGCAGAAAGAGCAGUAUUACCAACCAAUGUCAGGGGGUCGCGUUCGCUCACCUAAGUGCAUGACGUACUCUUACCAGAAGCAGGCGUUUGCCUGAUGUCUAAAAAGGUUUACUGAAACCACCUUAUGUGAUUGUUAUUUUAUCGUUUCAUGUUAACCGACGAGGACCUUGACGCGGUGUCUCUACCCCCUCACUCUUCUUCAGGUUUCACAUUAGGUCCGCCUUGAAUGCACAGACGCUGACCCAGUUUCAGGCCUACGCUGCACAACAACACCCUGACGAUCACGCGAAGGUACAUUCCUUAAUUCGAUUAUGUCGAAUUCCUUAAGCCGUUCAUUCUUGCGCCAGGAACUAUCUCUUUCCCGUUUUUGACGUCAUCUUUCAUUUCCACGAAUACUGGAAGUCUGUGACGCCCCUCAAGCUUGACCAUCUGAGGAUGAUUGUUUCGUCUCGGAGCAUAGUUCGUUCAUCGUUAGCAUGACGCCUCUCACCACCCAUAUCGUUUCGGCGUCAGACGGCGGUUUUGGGUGUUUGUUUCUUUCGGUUGCUAUGGUGUUGGCGGCCGCCAUCAAGUAAAGCGUUGGUUUUGAGCCUGCACAAGCCACUGCGGCGUGUCCGAACUCGUUGCCAAUAGACAGCGACAGGUCACUGUGUCUCGGGAUUUUUUUUUUUCGUUUCUAUUUUAGCUCUCUACAUUUCUGCCCCCAGCCUUAAUGGCUAUCCGACAAGUGUCCUCAAUCGCGGCGGUUUCUUUCUGCCCUCAGUAUAGCGUUCCUUGCCUACCACAGCACAUGACGGUCGGACGUUCCCGUCGGGAGGCGUCGAUUAAAUAUCCGCAAAGUUUAGUCGCUCCGGCAUCACGAGAGCAACGCGCAUACUGAUCCAUUUCGGGAUUUAUGUGUCUGGGUUCUACUCCUGCCGUUUCACCCCUAAGGUCCUCGUUGGGCAAAAUGACGAUCUUACAUCUCCUCAGAGGACAGCGCUCCCCGUGACGCCCUUCGCUGUUGACAUGCCCAACCAGGAUGCGCGGUGCAUAGUCUUUCGGCCGUCCAAAAGUCCGGUUAGGUUCGACCACAGUCGAGUCCUGCGGCUUGACUGAUCGUCUCCUGCCUGAAUUCGCCUCCCCGACGUGGAAGUUGGCGGUUCCGAGAUUGUGCUGUAGGCCGUGUGAUGUCUUAUCUGACGGUCGUCAACAUUCGUCAUAUCGUGGGACCGUUGUGGCUUUAGGCCUCACUUAUACGCAACCCUUUUAUCAGAUUGUUGCCCAGCUACACAUUAAAGUGCAACUGCUGCAUUCUUCGUGACCGACUGUUCACCAAACCCUAGAGUCUGUCUUUUUCGCAACCAGCCCUCACUUAAGGCCGUUGCACUAUCCGCCGCCUGUGAAAGCACCACGUACCACUACUCGUCAGGUCAGCAGGCUGACCUCGUUCUUUCGGAGUUCCUGGCGUCCCGGUCUUCUGAGACAUUUAGGCACAGCCACGGUCAUCACUUAUAAGUUAAUACGACUGCAUUAAGGGGAACUUUUAUUUACCUGACGUUCCGAAUUCUCACUCGGAUUGAUGGUAAGAGUGGAAUCUGUUCACUAUGAUAGAUGUGUGUUCCCAUGGCAACCGCCUGUUGUGUGCCCAUCAUCCUCAUCUGUGGCUGUCUCUAAUGAUGCCUUCGGGGGAGAAUCUGAGACGUCAGGCAAAUAGAAGUCUUGUCCCAGCGAUCGGAUCUUUCUUUAAACUGUCUCCUGAAACUCUAGUUUUUCGAACUGUACCUCCCCAUCCGUGAUGAUCCACGGCAGCAGAUCCGGAGAGCUCAACCCAUUCUCUUCGCUAAGGACGGAAACCGAAUACCGAAGGUCUAAGAACCACCUCCAUGCCUUGGCCAACUGUGUCAAGCCAGGUUUUGAAUUGACUCCCUCUUCAACGACUCCAAAUGGGGUAACGGUAUCGGAUCGAGCUCAGUAACACUGAGCUCAUGAGGUGGACUACGGAUAACAUGUCCAAACCACCUCAGUCGUCUUUUUUGAUGGACUGGGUUGUCCUUGCGAUGUUGUCGCAACGAGCGCAGGCUGUCUCAUUUGAGACGAAGUCGGUGUACUUCACUCAAAGGAUUUUCCUCAAGCAGUGGUAGUCAAAUACCUCAAGUUUUCGCUCGUCCUUCACGCUCACAAUCCAGCAUUCACAAUCAUAGAGAAGGACAGACCGGACAGAUGCAUGGUACAUGCGAAUCUUGGUGGCGAUGGAGAGGUCGCGUCGGGUCCAUGGGCAUUUUCUAAGACUCGAGAAAACCCUUCGGCCAGCAUCAAUUCGGGAGACAGUGUCAUCCUUACUCUGGCCACUGGGCAGCAGUCUCGCCCCAAGAUACGGUAAAAAACAACCGAAACCCCCUAACACCUCCAACGCCGGCACAUUGCCGCCCGACCUCAUCCCGCAUCAGUGACCUGCCGCCCUCAUUCCCACUGAUCCGCAAUUCCCCCUUCUUUCUCCACCUCCAGCACAGGGCGCCCUAACGGUUCUUCCUUCCCUCUCCCUGCCCCACAGCCUACCUCUCACGAAUCAGCCAUCUAUUUUUCGUUGUCCGUCCUGUCACGCCUGCCGACCUACUCUGCCGAUCUCACUUUCCCCUCUGUUCAUUUCGUCUGACGACAGGUCGGUGUCACCGACUCGAAAAUUCACGAGUACAACUCGAUUUUCCGACGAGCCUUCUUCUUUUCUUAUUUAAAACUCUCUACUACUUCAAGUUACCAUCCCUCAAUUUCGAGAGGCGCCUUUUCCUGGUCAGGGAUUCAGCUUGAAAACGCUUUAAUCUUCCCAGCGUUUAUGGAUAAACCGAAUGAUUUAGCGACCUCGUUCACCCUUGACACCAUAGACAGCAGAUCAUCAAGACUUGAGGCAACUAAGGCGAUAUCCUCGGCAUAUUUGAGAUCGCUCAGUCAGUGUCUGGAUGCAAGUUCAACACCGUCACCUUCCUGUAGGGCACUCCCGAGAAUCCAGUCAAUAGCGUAGUUGAACAGAAUGGGUGGCAGGAUACAACCCUGUCGGACGCCAGCCCGAACACCAAACGGCUGGGUAAGAUUGUUGCGGACCAGGACUCGCGCGGUGGUGGGGCGAUAAUAGUACUUGAUCAUGGCGAUGGUUUUUGGCGGUACACCAUCUAAUGCCAUUACCCGCCAUGGGGACUCACGAUGGACGGAAUCGAACGCGGCGGCAAAGUCAACAAAGCAGACGUCCGUCGGCUGCUGGUAGCUAUGGCGAGAUUCGGGAAUGCACCUUAGUGUGAAUACCUGGUCCGCGCAUCCACGUCCAGCACGAAAUCCGACUCCCGCGAACGCCAUAGCGUGGAUCGUACUACUGCAUUCGAACAUAUUUUCAUGAGAUUUCUUUUGAAAUAUGAGUAAAGGAGGACGCCCAACGGCCGCUCGGAUUAUUUGUUCGAAUAUGUCCCUUCUAGCUCCUUGGUUCGAUAACUAAACCACAAGGCAGCGGUGGCAAGCAAACUUAUCUCAUGGCGGUUCACAGUCGCCAUGACGCCUCCGGUUCGCCAGACCCGAAAGCCCGCUUAUUUCGCAGAAAACCUUCGCUGAAGGCCGUUUCCUUAUCCGCUAUCUAUGGACGCGCGGGUAGCCAGCAGCUGGGUUAACGGGUAACCCGUCUUCCCGGACAUCAUAAGCCGUCAUUAAGAAGGGUUUUCUUGCGGUGACUCCAUUGCCAUCUGUAUAGUCAUCCAGAUAUCGUGUUCACUAUACAGAUUCACCAAAGCUAGAUAUUCCGUCGUGACAGUCUAAACUGCAUAUAAAAUCAACCCUCGGAAAAAUUUAUGGUUACGCUCGACCUUUGGGCCCUGCACUACUUUUUGAGUGCAUUACUCAUCUUGAUCGCACUUAUAUGUGUGAUUUCAGUGACCUAUGUGCUAGGGCAGGGACCACCUACCCCCCUACCAAUCCACCAGUGUAUAUUGCUGUUUUUUUUGAGUUCGUGGUUGGUGUGCUUUUUUCGAAGAUCUGAAAGCCCCUGCUUUUUCCCCUAUUCGAUCCCUCCCCACCUCCUUACCAUUUGAUAAUCCUCCCCUUUUUCCCGACCUUAAUGACAACCCUACAACUUCUGUCUUCUGCUUCUAGCAACUGAAGCUAAUAUCGCAGCUACAGGAUCGGCACUUUCAUCAGUACAUGGAGUAUCUUGCUCAAAACCACCUGCCAAAGACUGCUGAAGAGUCACCCGAGGCCAACCACUCACCGCACCUCCAUGAGCAUCCAAAUUCUGCCGAGGCGGAUGCAGUACCGUCGACGGAAAGUAAAGCCUCCGAUGAGACGGUGAGUCCACUGUAUUCCAUGCUGCCACUUAGAUGACUAACUUGUCCUUUUUUGGGCUACAGUUAAGUUUGAGUUUGGCGAAUUUUUGUAGGGAGAGAGAGAGGGCCGGUUCUGCCGUCGGUACCGAUUAAGUCCACCGCGUGCCCCACAGCAGGCUGGGUCCCGGGGGCAGUGACUUCUGCCUUAAUUAAUUUAUAAUGAAAAGUCAAGUUGGCGAACACGCGUUUUCGGUAAUUCUUGGUCAGGCCAAUACAAUCACAUGAAGGAAUAAAAAUGUACAAAAUCAACAGUGUUUAUUAGGUGUCUCAAGGGCUAUUAAGUCACUAACACUCAUCAUCCCCACGCCGCCCGUAUGACAAGGUUGGCGGGUGUUAGUCGUCAGAGCUAGGGGAGGGGGGUAAGAGAGUCUUUGAGUGAUGUUCUUGGAUUGAGUACACGGAGUACCCAUCAUCGUGAUUAGGGAUUUGACGCGGCAUGGCUUCAUCACUUGGGGUUGGCGUUGGCCACGGCAGAGAAAGCGCUUCUGUCAGAGUUUUCUGACAGCAUAACACCGGAUUCGCUAACCGUGUAGCUACUGUCUCGGCCGUUGCUAGCAUCCGUUGGCGUAGGCCUUUAGAGAAGCAUUUUGGUGUCCGGUAGACAACCUGAAAUGCUUCCUUGGCAUCGACUCGGUGAUUCGUAUCGAUUAAAUGUGCGAGAAUAGAACUCGAAUUCGGCCGGGUCUCACCUCUGUCUAGCAGGGCGGGCAUAUGUUCACGCACCCUCUUUACCAGGCGUCUCGUUGUACGGCCGAUGUAUCCUGCUCCACAGGAGCAAGUGAAUGAAUAAAUGCACAUUGGUGUGGCCUCCAACGGUAGUCUGUCUUUACCUCCCAAACGUAGGAGGGGAGAGUUUGUGAAGCAUACGCGUAAAUUCGCUGCGGGGAAUGCCCUCGUGAUAACUGUAGUUAAGAGCCGUUUAACUAGUUCGCUUUCUGCGUCUCCUGCGAAAGGCAAUCUUAUGAAUACCUCCUUCUUUUCCGCAGUCGCAACAGUGGGCUUUUCGGCGCGUUCCCCAAUAUUUCGGAGGAUAAAUCUAUCAGGGUUUCCAUUCUCCCGCAGCUGUUGAAGUUCUUCUUCAAUAGCUCCCGGUGAGCAGAUGCGUCUCACUCUAGCCGCCAAUCUCUGGACUAAAUUCCGUUUGAUGUUUAGGGGAACAAAACUGUGGAAAUUAGUGGUAGCAGAAUUACGCAGCAUCUACCGCACUCUCUCCUCCUCCCCCACCUGGAUCCGGUGUCAAGACAUAGCAGACUUGCUCUGGGUCGGCAAUGCUCCUCUUCUCCCACCCACCUGAGCCCAGAAGGAAUCAAGAGGAGCGGACGCAGGAUCGGACUCAAGUGGCCGCCAGGGGAAAAGCAGCCUCUCUACGCGUGCCACACGCUCGCCUGGUCCGCUCAAAGUGGACCGAGUUUUAACACAAACAAGAAGGCGGUGACUCGAGUCCCAUAAGGGUCAUAUUAAAAAGGAGUCAUUGCAGUCUGAAUUUCCGUCCUUGGAGGAUGACCGAGUUAUCACGUUAGUUGGCAGCAUCCCAAACCAUAACGUUUAGCGCGAUAUAGUAGCUUCAAGCGCUGCAGUGCAAUAGAAACGUACAUCCUGGGAUCGGCCUUAUUCACCCGUUUCUCUACCGCGUACCCGACGAAGUAAAUGAUUCUUAUACGACUAAUUGGCACAGAAGUCUGAGACUUACUUGGUGUCGUGUGAGCACAUAAAUAAGAAAGUUGAUUUGCGGCAAUUCUAAGCGAUAAAGUCCUGGGAAUAACCACUUCUGGAUCAUUUGUCGCCCGUUUGCCAACUUCGAUCUUUUCGGUUCCGGCAUUUGGACGUGGAUCAAGUUAGUACUUGACUCUAACGCUCUUUCGGUAGUACUCGUUGAUUAAUACUUACUCUCCACUAUGCGGCGAACCCUCCGAGCCGGAGCUGCAAAGCAAACUGGGACGCCAAUCGCCUUCCCGCCUGUCAUAUCGAUGACAACCACUUCUUUGCGGUUGAAGGCGUUCUCAUAGCGGUCGACAUCGGCGACGCCAAUUGUUCAGCUGCUAAAGCGUUAAGCUAACCGAAGAGUGACUCCGCGGUCAGAUCUCCUGUGUCUAUGACCUGUCAUCGACAAAAUAUUUAUUCAAGCCUUCUCUUUUUCUGCUCUCACGAAUUGACAGUUAUUGCCUUCUCUUCUGUCUGCAACGAUUUCAAUGGGGUUUCAAUUUAGAGCUCCGAGCAGAACGUAGCUCUGGCAUUCAGUUUUGCAGGCAGGAUCGCUCAGCGAAUUGCACUCUCGAGUUACUUUGAAAUGACAACAUCGCUGGCCCUUUCGGCUCUGCCACCUGCACACAAUAAUCCUCUCCCCCGUCUAGGACUAGAUGUCAGAUCCGAGCACUGUUGGGGAAUAGAUAUGAGGUUGGAAGGCAGAUGGGUUACUGGUCCACACCCCCCGGCUUGGAUGCUCGUUUUCCCACGCUGACUGCGCCGUCAGUGUUGUGAAAUUGCCCCACGGCUCGGCGGUUGCCCGCCCUGCAACUCGCCUCGAUCGAAUCCCAAAUCAGAACGCAACGGUAAGGGCGGCAGAAGAGUAGUCCACUGACGUAUUCUAACAGCGUAUAUAAGGCGAUAAAAGGAAUGUCCAAGGUCGAACUGACAUCGGACCAAUCAGAUACUGUCCUUGAGUGGUUAGCAGUUUGACUGGUUGGUAAACCUCCAGUCCUUUCGGGAGCGGGCGUGCCAUCAGCAUGCGCACAGCGCGUGGGCGGAUCGUCAGAACGGCACCUCCUAGCACCCAGUUUGGGGCAAUAGCCUAUGUGCAUAUCUGAAUGACUAUAAAAAGUCCGUGACCUUAGUUCCGCUUGCAAUGCUAAAGUCCUUCGUGCUUACGUAUUGGGCUGCUUCAAUGGCUGUAAUCACCUUCGGGCUCCGGCCUUGCUGAAGGACGUUGAGUCUCCCCAGACUGUCUGGUCUGUAGAUGUUGCCUUUUCUUCUAAAGCAGUCAUGCCUCAGCCGCGUGUUUUGGUGAUGCCUUCUCGCAGCGGACUUUUUUUCUAAGUAUAGCUCGAGCAGGCCAUUUCGUCGUUUUUACAAUCGGAAAAGCCGAAUUCACUGCGGUGUAUAGUCUCUUUCUCUCCAAGCUACACUGUUCUAUCCUCCAGAAAAAAAGAUCUAAGGAACGUUGUCCACACCAUGCCUUGUUGACUGGAGGAAGGGUUGGUUUUGGAUUUUGUCUAGAAUAGGCACUUUUUGCUCCUUCUCCGGGGCCUUAGGAAUUAAUCGACGUCAUGCGACCAACAUAAUCGAUUUGUAUCAUUAGUUGCCCUGGAGUAAGAUAAUCACCCCAAUGCUGCGGAAACAGACUGCUUUCCUUUUUUUUCGGAGGUGGUCUUGGCAAUUUCCGAUACAGGUUCCCGCCGAAGAGUUGCAAAUGUUGUCCAUGGUCAAAGCCAUCCCAGUUGCAAAUACCUCCCCCUGUCCGAUCAUGUAUUAAGCUUUGUAUGACCCAUCUGCGUGUCGGAUUGGUCUGUGCAGUCCUCAAACCGACCUGUUCAAAAGUGUGGCGUGCUUGGCUAGUAUUAGUUUUUCCCACCCGCUAUUCUCUAUGGUUGUAUUUACAUCCGUUUUUCGGGUUAAGCCAUUUGCGAUUGGAGUGAGUUUUAGGAGCCCCAUAUGAAACUCAGACAGGCGCCUCGAUUGUGACUGCACGAACAGCUCUACCGCAGCAGUUCGAACCGCCCAACAGAAGUAAGUAGUAACGAUGCAAGCGGGGGGUGGGGGGAGGUUCUUAUACUACACUCUUACCACAACUGACUCUAACGCAUAGGCCUUGGAUGCUGUGUUCCUUCAGUCGUUAUGGUAUCCACUUCUACUCCUAAACCCUGUCAUGAUCUUCCACACUUCAGGUCACUGCUACCGGUCAAACCGAAUGCCUCCCACAGCCGCAGGCCUCCGCUCCCGCAGAAGACGCCGAGAGUCAUCCUCACGAUUCAGCCCAACUUCAUGCGGAUUGUGGUAGGUCUUUGGAACGCUGUCGUCUAGGAGGAGGAGGGAGGUAGACCCUCUUUUUAACUAAUACAAAUUUUCGGCAAAAAUCUGCCGGACAGGCAAAACUACUUCCUUUCCGAUCACCACUUUCCCUCAGAGCCUAGAAACUAUCACCUCGAGGAAGUCAUCAAUUGGCACGAGCGACCAGAGGUUCUCGUUAAUUGUAUGGCAGGAAAAUAGUCAGGUCUUUUUUUCAUAAAAUGAAGAAAAUGUCUGUGAGUGAGUGGAAGGGGCGAGAUUGAAGCUUUGCUUGAAAAACCCGCACCAAAUCGUUCACUGUAUUCGACCUUGGCUGUCUUUCUUGUGUUUGUGCAUUUCGACCCGGAAUACCUGUUGGCAGGGAGGACAGGUUGAAAGGAGGGGAUGAACCGUAGCUGUACGAUUCCCUGGCGUUUCGGUGGAUUUGUUGAUUCUGACCGACUUUGGCACUUAUUCUCACACCUGAGGCUCAGGUUGCUCUACGAGCGGCGCUAAAGCAUGCGCAGCUGCGCCUAGACUUCUAACUGACUCUUUCUUGCAAACCUCCUGCGAUUUCCGCGCUGGCAAGGGGAAGCUUGACGCGUCGGACCGCAACGAUGGCUAAAGUGCGGAUUCACUAUUGCAACCAAGGCCUGCAAUCCGAACUCUGUUUCGUGGCAGUUGUUUGUGUCGCAAAUUAAGGAUAUUGUGGAGACCAUUCUCAAGAACUAGUAGGGGGGCGCUCACCGAUCUUGUUACGGAACUCACUCGUCUCCUUGUGCCUCGGGGCUCUUCCGCUCUCUCACUCUUUCACUCUCUCACUCUCUCUCUCGCACAAAUACACACACGCACGCCCUCUCUCUCUUCCACUCACUCCCUCUCACACACUCUCUCUCUUACACUCACUCGCUCGUCCCGUUAUGCCUCGGGACUCUCUCUCUCGAACCCCGCCAGCAGCCGCACAACGGCGCGUAAUAUAGGCAGAGUAACAUUACCAACAAAGACAAGAGAGACUAGAAUGGCCAUUUCUGGAUUAUUAUUAUUUUUGUUAUUAUUGACUGAUGAUGGUCAUUCCAGUCUCCUUUGUCUUUGUCGGUAGUGUUAUUCUCAAGGCAGAUGUGCUCACUCAUGAAAUGUUAGCCAAAAAUUCUGAACUGCGUUUUCGAUUCGAAAGGAUAACUUAAGUAGGGUUUUAAUAUUAGUCAUCGUGUGGCCUAAUCCCAAGCUGAGUCAGUUACUUCAGGAUGCCGACUUUUGAACGAACUUUUUUCUGGCCACCUGCAAGAACUACACUCUGCAAAAAAUGACUACUUGUGUAGCAUGAAUUUUCCCCAUUGAUUUUCGAUGCCCUUAUGAAUUCAAAUAUGGCGAACUCUCCCAUACGUCAAAAAUGUAUCUGAACAUGUCGAAAGACAAUUGAAAAAGUACCGGAUACACGUAGCACACCAGCCGGCAACUACCUUACGCACACAGCUUGUGCACCUUAAGGACAGGGUCGGCUACCUCGAAAGAAAAGGUGUCGUCUACAAAAUCCCGUGUUCUAGUUGUGAUGCCGUUUAUUGUGGCCAAACUGGGAAAUCUGUCUCAACCCGUAUUCAUGAGCAUCAGUUAGCGGUGAAGACACGCGACCAUCUAUCCCAGGUGGCCAUGCACACACUAGACACUGGGCAUAAAUUCGCAUGGGAGAACACUCGCAUUGUUGGCGCCUGCCAAACAAGAAAAGGCCGCGAAUUCCUAGAGGCAAUGCACUCAGAUGAGGCAUGCAUCAACCGGCAUAUCGAUUUAGAUGCCACAUACAAAAUCGUUAAGGACAGAUUCAAACUGAGUCAGCCAAUCCCGAGAUGAUGACCUUAACCAAUCAUGGACUCCUUUUGCUAGACUCAGGCUAAAAGUUAAUUGUUUUUGCACACCCGUUGUCUGAAGACGAGCUGGGGAACCAGCCUCGAAAAUUCACAAUAAAAUUUUACUGUUUCCCAAAGAACUUCACCUUUCUAAUUAUAUUUCUUGGGAUGCCUGUUUUUCAAUUUAUAGGAUUAUACUGCACGGUAAUUAAUAUAGCAACCCUACUUAAGUAAUCUUUCCGAAUAGCAAACGCAUUUCAGGAUUUCAGUCAACAUUUCGUGAAUUAGUAAAUCUACUGUAUGUGUUAGAAAGGACUUAGGAUCAAACAUAGGGAUAUGGACCCUCCACCGUACUACAGGUGGACUUGCGCUUAAAUCCAGAAGUGAUCCUAUUUCCGUGCCCCAGCUCUAACUCUAGCCCUCCUGGAAUUUAGCGCAAGACCAUCUAUCGCACGGGGAGAGUCUAUGUUUCACCUGAUACAGAAUUGGCAAUGAAGUUGUCGAAAUUGAGACCACUCAACUCGGCGUAUGGCGUUCUCGUGCAUAUCCGCUCCUCUAAACUUCUCACCUCCUGCGCGACUAGCAGCCCGUUAGCGCAGGUCAUUUUCGACGCAGCAGGCACCGCACCCACUACAGUUCAUUGCUUUUCUCGAAUUCAAUUCUCCGCCGACAAACUGCCUCGCUUUUAAGGCAAAAAAACGGAAACCCACUGAUGACGAAGAAGACCGACGAACAUUGGAAAGUAUAAAGGAGGAUAAAACAUGAUCCAUGUGACUCGAUUACAGCGAUAUGAUUCGAACCCACGAUAGCAAGGGCAAGGUUUCAGUGUACAGCUGACGCUCCAACCACCCAAAUAAGAAGCUCCACCUAGUAAUCAUCCGGUGGAUCUGGUGAAAAUCUUACUUGGGAAGUCAGCUUACUGCGUCAGAGUUUGUGGGCUCCAUACGUUGCGGUAGGUUGAACGGCUAAUUUGGCCCAAAUGGAAUUAAAUUCAAGGCUUCCUGUGGGACCUCGUAGUUCAGGGGAUCAGAGCGCUGGCUGUACUGAAGUCUUGCCGUUGCUGUUAUGGUUCGGAAUUUCACCAAGGCCGCCGAUGUUUUCACAGAUGGGCCAACUGUAGUCCAAACCAAAUUGCAGUUUUAUUUUCGCGAACCGUUUGCACAACUUCUCCAGUCAUAAAAUGCACUACGCGUCCAUCCAGUUUGGCUUUCGAAAGCUUGCCUGUUCGGAAUGAAAAGAGUUGAUUUCCUGCUAGUGUUGUUCGGACGAGCCCUUAUCCGGUCAUGUAUUACACUAGAAUGCCUUCUUUGGGGAUUUCCUGCGGAACAUAUAAUUGGUUAAUGCAGGUCAUCGCUAGUUUAGAACGCUUGAAUAAUCCGCCAGUCCGAUAUCCGACUGCUUUCAAUCAUUUUACCCAGUUGGUCUCGUUGUUUGCUGGCCUCAGGUGGCAUUGCGCUGUGUUUCUAGAACUAAACGCCCUUUUUAGUGGAAAUAAUUAAUUUACGUAGUCGAGCCUAUCAUCGGAAAUGCCCAUGUUUUCACACAUUCGUACUUGGUUCACUAUUCGCGCUUCCACCAGUGGGCUCCAGUUUCUCAGCGAACUAGCAUACUCUAGUUAAAUAUGCAUUCCGGAUGCUGGUUGCUUUUAGUGACUGCGCGUUGUGGGACUCAUUUCCAGGAGCCUUUGAAUUGGAUUGACCCCCCCAGCCGAUUGGGAGGGAUUGACGAAGACCGACGGGCAUUGGAAAGUAUAAGGGAGGAUAAAAACAUGAUCCAGGUGACUCGGAUACAGAAAACUCGGCAACUGCGGUAGGAUUCUAACCCACGACAGCAAGGGUAAGGCUUGAGUGUACAGCCAGCGGUCUAGCCACCUGAACUGCGAGGCCCCACCGGACGACGCGAGUUUAAUCAAAUUUAGGUCAAGUUACCCGCUCCGCCUACUGCAACGUAUGGGAUUCACUAAAUCUGACGUAGUAAGCUGGCUGCUCAAGCAGUAUUUCCUAAGCAAAUUAGUCCAGAACCCGGUCAGGUCACUGAAUUAAUUGGUGUUUAGGUAAAUUUAAAUAGUUUUCUUGGCCAAAUUGUGAAAAACUCGCCGACCUUGGUGGGUUACCGGCUUGGCGGAGGUCGCUGAGUUUUUCACAAUUGGGUCAAGUGCACUAUUCAAAUCUGCCAAAACUCCAAUUAAAAAUAUGAUCAUCUUUCCGGUUGGUAAUGUUUGUUCCGCAUCCGUAUUCAACAAAUCUGACCACCAGACCAAAGUUCAGAGUCCGCUCGAUGAUAGGGCAAUCUUACAAAACUUGUAGAACUAGUUAGGUGGGAAAUCUCACCAACCAAGUAAAAAAGAUGUCUCGCAAGACUCAGAGGUAGUAUGAUAAGGCUAUUUAACUGCAGCAUGAAUCCCUGUCCCAUGACACUGUAGUGCUGUAACAAACGUUUCGUCAACAGUGCGUGACCGAUCUCAUAAAAUGUUGGCGGAAAUUCUAAAAUGCGCUUUCGAUUAGGUAGGAUUACUUAGGUAGCGUUGUAAUAUUAAUCUUCACGCGGCAUAAUCCCAGGAUAUUUCGAACUCGCCAGGAUGUCGACUUUUGAAUGCAUCUCUUUUCAACCUCCUACAGAAGGCGCACUUGGCAAAAAAUGCUACUUAAGUAGCAUGCAUUCUCCACAUUGGUUUUUGAUGGUCUUAUAAAUUAAAAUAUAUUUUGGAGAAGACACGUCGAAAAUACGCUUUCUUUUACUCUUUUGUUAGAGAACCGCGUUUUCUUCACGUUUUAUGUCCGGAGAAAGGGUAUAUAUGACGUUUUGAAAAAGUUUCCCAAUUCCCGAAUAAUUUUGAGCCUGAUCAGUCAUUGCAUUAGCGUUUAGCGAUUUCAGUCUACAAGGUGCAUGUGUUCCGGGUAAGGAAGAUCAUAUACUCCUCUAUGUCUUUAAACAGAUGCUCUAUGGUGUUCAUAAAAUUUUGCGAUGGAUGCGGUCUACGUUGUACAUUUUAUGAGAAGCAUUGGCAAACGGUCAGGUACGAUGCUGUAUGAAUGGACAUUGCAUGGUUUUAAACGAUCUCAUGAUCAGAAACUUUUUAAAACCUAAAUAUUCACUUUCUUCGGACACAAAAUGUGAAGAAAACGUGGCCGUCUACCAAACGAGUAAUAGACAGCGUGUUUUUCUACGUGUUUUCUGCAAAAUAUAUUUGAAUUUAUAAAACCAUCAAAAAUCAAUGUGAAAAAUGCGUGCCACUUAAAUAGCAAUUUUUUGCCAAGUGCGCCUUCAAUAGGAGGUCGAAGAGAGGUGAAUUCAAAAGCUGACAUCUUGGCGAGUUUGAAAUAUUAUCGGAUUAUGCCUCGUGGAGAUCAAUAUGACAACCCCACCUAAGUAAUCCUUUCUAACCGAAAGCGCAAUUUAGAAUUUCGGCCAACAUUUCAUGAGAUCGGUCACGCACUGUAACUAUGCUAAAAUACGCCUGUAAAUUUAGACCCAACUUUGAAUACCAACGCGGUGUGAAGCCGCAUCCUUGCGGCUAAUUUGUUUCUCCACAUCUGACUGGCGACAUACCACUCAUCUUUAAAAUUUGUUAAACAUUCUAGCAGCACAUGGAAACAUGGCUCGCCCGUAUUACAGGUGAUCUUACGUUAGACUCCAGUAGGGUUUAGGGUCUUUUUUGCGUCAGAAUUACAGUGCGUGACCGACCUCAUGAAAUGGUGGUCGAAAUUCUGAAAUACGUUUCCAAUUAGGACGGAUUGCUUGGGUGGAGUUGUAAUAUUGAUUUUUUUGUGCGGCAUAAUCCUAUAGGAUUUCGGACUCGCCAGGAUGGCGGUUUUUGAAUGCACUUCUUUUCGAUCUGCAGCAGAAACCACACUCGGCAAAAUUGACUGCUUAAGUAGCAUGCAUUUUUAACAUUGAUUUUUAAUUAUCUUAUAAACUCAAAUAUAUUUUAUAGAAACCGUGCAGAAAAUAUGCUUUCUUUUACUCGUUUGGUAAAAAAAAUCACGUUGUUUUCAUGUUUCAUAUCCGAAGAAAGUGUAUAUUUAGGUUUUAAAAGGUUUCCCGAUUCUCGAAUAAUGUUGAGCUGGAUCUGUCCUCGCGUUAGCUUUUAGCGAUUUCAGACUACAAGUUGCAUGUUCUCCGAGUAGAGAAAAUCAUAUAUUCUUCUAUGCUUUUAAGAAGAUGCUCUAUGGUGUUCAUAAAAUUUUGCACGGAAUGAGGACUAUGCUGUACAUUCCAUGAAGAGCAUUAGUAAACGGACAUGUGCGAUGCUGUGUGAAUGGACAUUGCAUGGUCUUAAAAAGCCCAUAAUUAGAAACUUUUUAAAACGGAAAUAUAGUCUUUCUUCAGGUAUAAAAUGCAAAGAUGGGACGAAGUUCUGCCAAAGGCGUAAAAGAAAGCAUAUUCUUCUGCACAGUUUCCAUAAAAUGUAUUUGAAUUUAUGGGAUCAUCGAAGAGAAAUGUAAAAAAUUCACGCUACUUAAGCAGUCAAUUUUUACUGUGUUUGGUCUUUGCAGCAUGUCGAAAUGAAGUGCAUUUAAAAGCCGACAUCCUAGCGAGUCCGAAAUCCUAUAGGACUAUUCUGCAUGUUAAUCAAUAUUGCAACCCCGCCUAAGUAGUCCUUUCUAAUCGAAAGCGCACUUUAGAAUUUCGGCCAACAUUUCAUGAGAUCGGUCACGCACUGUAACUAUGCUAAGAUACGCCUGUAAAUUUAGACCCAACUUUGAAUACCAAUGCGGUGUCAGGACGCAUCCUUGCGGCUGAUUUGUUUCUUCACAUUUGACUGGCGUAUAUAGGCCGUGGAUACUGAUCGCUUACAUCCAGCGAUAGGCCGGUUUACUAACAACACCCCGCGCCUUCUUGUAGAUGUUUUGAUCGUCACAAGCAACGAGAUACGGCACUGCCUCAUGAGCUGCCCGCGAAUGUGACCUGCGCGCGAGUAUGUUUGUGCUGGGGCGGACCUGCGCAGCAUCUGUCUGACUUUCUCUCUCACCUCUCUCUCUCUCCUCUCUCUCUCUCUCCUCUCUCUCCCCCUCUCGCUCUCUCCCUCUCUCUCUCCGCACACUAAAGCAUGCCUGACUGAGGCCCAGUUCGCGCACAGGUCGCAGCCGGGGCUGUCAGGACAGCGGCGGUCCUCUUUGAGCGCAGUGGACGAAUUAUCGCUUCAAAUGUGUCAAUUGCACCCUUACUUUAAAAAGUUUACCUCAUUUGUAUGUAGAGAAUUCAUCCGACGAUAUUCCGACCUCCUAUUUUUCGAUUCUGCAGUCUGUCACUCUCGGAUUUUACGUUCCUCUCAGGAGGAUUUUUCCUCUCUUCAUCAUUGUCCGAUGUCCUCAACUCGUCCCUUUCUCGUGUUUUCCUCCCUGCCAGAAGAUGGCACAGGUGCUGCCGAAGAGCAAGUGAACGGUGAGGCGGACCAUUCUCCCAGUAGUAGUAGUGCCUUAGCACCAGCCCAGAUGUGGACGCAUCCGGACAUCGUCGAAUUCAAGGCCCUUCUCUCUCAAGACGCCGAGUCCGUAGUCAAUGUCGGCAGUGGGGAGCUGGUCACCGUAAGGCCUGCAUCACAUUGUUUUCCUUCGCGGUAGAGGCUAUUGGCAAAAUCUGGCCCAUCUUUUUUCACGUUUCUAUGCCCACGUGAACUCUACUCCGGUGCAGUUAGUAGUAUACUCGUUCAACCUGCCUUAACACGAAUCAGCACAUCACCCUCAGCAUACUUGCCUUUAAUAGGAAGUUCACCGAUUUCGUCUUAAAUUAAACAGCACUAAGUUGAUGUACCCACACCAUGGUAAGAUACCAGACCGUACAAAAUAUCGGGUGAGGUAGUUUGGACAUGUUACGCGUACCGCAUCCCAUGAGUUACGUGUUGCUACCCCCUUUGCAGUCGUUGAGAAGGGAGGUCAAUCCAAAACCUUGGCUACUUCGUCUCCGUCACUCGGAGAACAGAGUGGAUCGAGCUCUCUAAAUCUGUUAUCACAAAACAUGACGUGUAGAAAGGUGCAAUCCUCGGCAGCAUCGAGCAUUAUCGCAGUCCCACCAAGUACAUUCUCUCCUGUUAAUCUUCAGGCCCCAGUGCAGGCAGAAGGUCACAACGCCUGGACGCUGCGAGUGACGUGCAAACAUGUCGGCAUCUCCGAGUGCCACAGCACGGCCAGUUUCUUCCUACAGAUUGAUCAGUCGGGGGGUCGGUUACGCUGUCCUGGUCCCAUGUGUAAGCGCACCGUUGGCAUUGACAGUGAAGUAAGCCGAAGGGGGAUGCUGAAAUCGUUAGUGGGGAAAGUAGUUGAAGUUGAAACGGGAAGGGCAACCUAAUGUAUGACAAAUCUGCCGCGAGAUUGAAGGAAGCCCAGAAUGCCCGCAAAAGACCUGGCUGACAGGAAACGGGGACAGCAGUACACCAAACCUAACGGUAACCUCGGCCGUAACCUCAAAAGUAAACCUAAUCCUUAAAGUGAUUAUAAACCUAACGCUAACCCUAAACCCACCACUAACCCCGACCCAAAUCCUAACCCUCAACUUGACCGUAACCCAAGUCCCAAUCUUAACCGUAGCCCUACCCUAACACUAACCCUAACUCCUAACUUAACAAUAAACGUAAACUUAUGCCGCAAUCUAAACCCUAACUCUGACCGGAACCCUUAAACUUGUUACACACCCUAACCCUAAACUCAAUUCUCAGCCUGACACUAACACAAACCCUAAAACUAACCCUACCUCUAGACCGAAGCACCAGGUUACCCUAUUCCGUUUUAGCUUUGGCUACUUUCCCACUAACGAUUUCAGCAUCCUCCUUCGGCUUACUUUACUUGCAAUGCCCACAUUACACUUACACUUGGGACCAGGGCAGCGUGACCGACGCCUAUCAUACAUGCUUGAAUGGCAGAUGACAGGGUUGAACACGAGAAUAGGGACCUCCCCAUACGCCAGGUGAACUUACACUAAAUUCUGUGGCAUACCUACUCCCCAAUACUAACCCUCAUAGCCCUGCCCCCUGGAAUUCAGCAUAGGGAGUCCAUGUUCUCACGCCCUACCAAUGGAAAUAAUGAAUUUCAGUUGGCACUGUUGUGGAAUAUUCCCGGGAUCUAGUCAAAAGAUUUGAUAUCAGGAGCGUAUUCUACCGUGAUCUAGAAGACUGUGCACUUGCUUUACUUGUCAAGUGGUUCGUACCACGGACUCACACUCGCCCAAUAUCCACUUUAUUCAGAAGAAGACAAAUUAGGACGCCUGACUAGGGACGGCGCCAUCCUCCAAAAAGUAUCCCGGAUCACAAUGAGAAGCAGGCGUACUGGGACUUUGUUUAUAUAACUAAUAUUGUCCUAGCGCGUACCACCUCCUCCCACUUAAAGGAAGCUUCUUUGGUACUCAUAACUUCUAUGGUUAGGACGGAGCCACGUAAUCUCACUAUGGGAGCCUCAUUGACAUAUACACUCUCUUCUGAAUGAAGCCGAAAUUUCGAGUUCCAGGUGUAUGCAUAAGUGAAGAAGAAGAGGGUUCGAGCACCGGAGCAUUUUGUUUAUUGUCCUGAGUCCAAAAGCUCAGGACAAUAAACAAAAUGUUCCGGUACUCGAGCCCUCUUCUUCUUCACACGCUCUUCUGUUCAAGGAAAGUUAGAUCAUCUCUUGAAAAAAUCGGUCUUGUCGUCGGACCAGUGCCCUUCAGGACUCUGCUUGGGGAAGAGAGUCAUUCAAUGGCGUCUGCUUCCGUGCUUUCAGGGAUAAUUGUAUCUAUGGCAACGGAAGGGCCAUAUUUCUUGAGGCUUAUCCGACUUUUUGCAGCUCAAUAAACACUUAACUAAGCACAAACCCAUGCGCUAUACACGCUCACGGUUCCACGGUCUCGCCUCAAGUCAGUAGUCUUCCACAGAGGAUCGCAUAUUUGUCCCCAACGGCAUGGGCAAACACCGAUCAAGUUGGCUUCUUGGAUCAAAUUAGCCCUGCCCAUAAGAGCAUGUGACUGUCCACCAGGUGGUAAGGUUUUCGUAUGAUCAAUUUAAGAAUGCCGGACCUUAAGAGUUGCAAGCGUCUGCUAUGUCAGCAUCAGCAGACCAUGGUCCGCGCAGCCUGAUAUGCGUUGGCAGUUCUCCGACACCUGGUUCCCUGCUGGUAGAUGCGCUUGCCCUCCCGCUGGUUAUACAGGUGGUGGCAUGGCUGCUCAGUCCUUAUCGUCCUUCUGAUCCGUUGUGGUGCUGUUGUUGGGUAAAAGCCUGGUCAAGUGUUUGUUGUGGACUAGGGUGUAGUGGCACGCCUAGACGAAGGUCCGGCCGUGCCAGACACCUGCGCCCUCCCUCACCUCCGGCCUUCUUAACUAUGUCUUGACACUGGGUUCGGCCAAAGGCGGAGGGCAGAGUGCGUCAGAUGUUGUGCAAAUUCACUCUCACUAUAAACUAAUUCAUUUCCAAGUCACCGUGCCUGCCCUCACCUUGCUGUGGAGCGCACGGCGGACAUCGUCGGCUGCGACGAUCUGACUGUCGUCAAUUUAACAAUGCCUAGGACAGGUGCCGUCCCCGUCCUUUUUUGGUCAACCACCGCUGUUUCUUGCAUAAUCACUUGGUCGUCUACCAGCGGAGGGCUGGGUUUGCCUUGAAGUGUUUAUCCCAGUGUGAAAUUUAGCAGAUCAGUAUGGAUUUUGAGGUCUGCUUCGUUAUGUUCAAGUCACCCCCACGCCAUAGCCGGAGGCUUUACGCCACUUUAGUCGACUGUAUUUCCUUUCGCCUCAGCUCAGUCUGUCUGCGCCGCUUCAGGCUACGAGAGGGAGGAGCGAGGCUGAUUGUGCGUGACCUUCCGCCACUGUAAAUUUGACGCGGCGCCCUAGAUCUCGUGACUUCGAAGGUCGCCAACCGACGGAUUACACCAUCUGGAGAGCCAGGCGGCCGUGGCUUUAUAAAUAACUGUCAUCAGUGUGGUGUCCCGGCUAGUGUUUGGUUCGUCUCGAAUGAGAGAGAGACCAGCCCCUGUCUGACACACGCCGACCAUGGCUCUAUGCACCCACGAGCAUCCCUAGUCGCCUUGGGCCAGUCUUGCUAUCGGGUCAUGAGGAGACGAGGCUAGAGGUGCCAGUUUCCCUCAAAGUGCACACCGCUGUCUCCUGGACACCACAAUGUCCGGGAGCUUGCGCUACUCCGACAGAACGCUUUUGUCAGAAAUAGUUAUAAGUGCUGUUUGCAGUGACUGCCCUUUCCCCCUUUUUUGCAGAUUCGUGUUCCUGUUGUGUCCUCAGGCAACUGUAUUGUCUGGGAGUUUGCUACAGAUAACUACGACAUUGGAUUUGGUCUCUUUUUCGAGUGGGUAAGGCCUUCCAGCUCGGAGUCCGUCGAUGAGGCGUCGUGGAAGAUUAUCGAGGGCUCCUCCCAGCCGCUCGACACAUCCUGUAAGCGACUAUUUGAUCGUUCCGCUGCUGGUUUUUAAAGGUCUGUUGCUGUUCUCUCCCUCUUCAUUGUUAGUCUGAAUUAACAUCUCUUCUAUCCGGACAGCACCUUCGCCUGACUCGCUAGGCCGGUCGCAAGCCCCGUGCAAAGUUGUCGUCGAGGAAAUCAUCCCCAUCUAUCGCCGAUCUAGCAAUGCCGAGGUGUACUGUGGAUCCCAUGCUUAUCCUGGCAACGGAACAUACUUGCUAAAAUUUGACAACACCUACUCUCUCUGGCGGUCCAAGAUGCUCUACUAUCGCGUCUACUCCACCAAGUGA